ACUAAGCGUCGUUCACGUUCUCUUUUUCAUCCCAAGUGAAGACUACUUUGAAAUAAACAGGGCACGAUGAGCUCGUCUAAUACUACUAUUGCUUCGUUGGAAGCAGCGAUUGCACAAACACACACAGACAUGGAUACCUUGUGGGUGUUGGUAUGUACCAUGAUGGUCUUCCUUAUGCAGACUGGUUUUUCUUUUUUGGAAGCCGGGUCUGUUAGAAGCACCUCUGUGGUUAAUAUUUUAACAAAGAAUUUAUUAGGAACUUGUAUGGUCACUAUUGCUUGGUGGAUUCUAGGAUAUGGUUUGGCUUUUGGUGACGAUACCACAUCAGGAACAAGAAACGGUUUUAUAGGCAAUGCUGAUUUCGUUACUGCUUGGAGUUCAUAUAAAUCAUGGCAUAUUUGGGUCUUUGAAUGGGCCUUCGUUGCUGAUACUACAACAAUUUUAUCAGGUGCUAUUUCUGAAAGAACCACUACUCAUGGUUAUUUGAUUUAUGCUGCCAUCUUUGCUGGUUGGAUUUAUCCAGUUGUUGCUCACUGGUUCUGGUCUACUUCUGGUUGGUUGUCUCCAUUAAAGAAGGAUAUUGAAGGACCUGGAUCAUUGGGAGUUAUUGAUUUUGCUGGUUGUGCUGUUGUUCACCUUUUGGGAGGUGUUGCCUCUCUCUGUGGUGCUGUUAUUAUGGGUCCAAGAAAGGGAAGAUGGGUUAAGAAGAAUGAAAAUUACUUCAAGCCUCACAAUAUUCCUUUCCAAUUCUUGGGUACCUUGUUAUUGUUCUUGGGUUGGUUUGGUUUCAAUCCAGGUUCUACUACUGCCAUUUCUAAUGGAAUGUCUAUUGUUGCUGCUAAGGCUACAGUAAAUACUGUUUUAGCUGCUGCAUCUGCUGGUCUUACUGGUGCUUUCAUUAGAUUGUGUAUUCCAAAAUUCCUAGUAUGGGAUGCUGGUAAUCUUCAAAAUUGUGUUUUGGCUGGUCUCGUUGCUGUUACAGCUGGUUGUGCUACUGUUGAACCUUGGGGAGCUGUUUGUAUUGGUAUUAUUGCUGCUCCUAUUUAUAUUGGACUUUCAUUCCUUUUGAGAAAAUUAAAGAUUGAUGAUCCUUUGGAUGCUGUUCCAGUCCAUGGUGGUUGUGGUUUGUGGGGUUUAAUUGCUGCUGGUAUCUUCUCAUCACCACGUGGUGUUUCUGCUGCUUAUAAUGUUGUUUCAACUGGUUCAUUGUUCUGGGGUAACGGUGAACAAUUUGGUAUGCAAUUCUUGGGUGCUGUUGUUGUUAUUGCUUGGGGUGCUGCUUGGUGUAUUCCAUUGUUCAUUAUUAUGAGAUUCAUUCCAAGAGGUUUUGGUUUCAGAAUUUCUGAAAAACAAGAAAAGGCUGGAAUAGAUGUUGCUUUGCAUGAUGUUGAUGGUACAAAUAUUGGAUCGCUUACUCUUUCACCAUUUUCAAUAUCAAAUGCAAAAAUAGAUAAAUCAACAACAUAA